GUUAAUAUGUACUUUAUAAUACUUCGAUCAAGUUUAAAGUUUAUGCGAAAUAAUUAUCAAAACUAAAGGAUUAUAUAGGUAUUCAGUGUGUAUGUUUGGUUCAAUGUAUAUGCCAUGAGAUAAAGUAACACGACAAAUUUAACAAAUUUGUAAACUGUUCAUUUAUCGGUGGAACUUAGCAUGAGUUAUUUAAAAUAAUUUGAAAAUUCCCAUUACUCUAUAAAUCAGAAAUUCUCAACAAAUACUACUUAAGUACCGGAGGAGAAUUCACGUGGGAUCAAGAUUCAAGUAAAACAAAUUUGUUGAGAAAGAGCCGGUCAGUUAAAGUAUGCGACUUAUAAUAUAUUAAGCCACUCGUUGGACCCUGGAAUAGGAGUGCUUAAGUCAUUGUGAUGUGGUGCUAUCAGAUUGGUGUACCUUUUUCUAUGUGAGCCGCGUUUUCGCACACAUAACUAUUAAAAUUUGUUUAGCUAUUGUGAUAGCUAUAACACAACAAUUGAAUACUGCGGUUUGAGAUCAUGUAACAUAGAUCAGAAAAUUAGAGAAAAACAAAAAUUAACAGAAAACUAUAUAUAUAUAUAUAUAUUAUAUAGAGAGUUUUAUAUAUUAUAGUUUGAUCAGAUUUAAAAUAUUUUUUUCUAUGAAAUACAUACUUUUUCAAUCGAUUAAAUAUCUUAUAGAAUUUACAAUUACAAGUCUGGUAAGAAAAUUUGUUUUAUGAUUAAUAUAUAACAGUGAACUUUAUACUGCAGAUUGUAUAUACCUACGUAAGUUAACGAUUUGACAAUAUAAAGGCACUUUUAUCAGCAUUAUUAUUUAAUUCAAUUAAUAAAGUAGUUACAUAUAAUUACACACAAGCCUAGUAAUGUAGAAAAUAAAUAUCAAAACUUAUAAGGCAGAUCAAAACAAUGAGAAAUUAAAUACGUAGUUAAAUGUACAUGUCUGUGUAAAAAUGUUUAAAAUAAAACCAUAUAAAAUGUUUAUAAUUUUGUAUAUUAUGUCGAUCCAGUUCAACAUUAUUGCAACUGAGUUAUCACAAUUACAAGAAAAUAAUAUCUAUCAAGAAUUAGAUUACACGAUAUUAAACGAUUUUUCAAAUAAAAUAACAUUAUUCGACAUUGAUUAUAUUAUUUAUGCAUAUUUAGUUCCAUCUACAGGCAGCGAGGUAAAUAAGUACAUAAAAUUAAAUAUGUUUUAUAUGUUUAUGAACUGUUCAUUUGCUGAAUGGACUCAGCAUAAGUUAUUCAAAUUCGUCAGGAAAUUCCCACUAUUUCAUCAAGCGACAUUUUUGAAUAAAUAUAAUAAUGUGUUUAAUAAGAAUUAUAAAAGAUUAUUAGAUAAUUUAAGUGACAUUAAGACUUAUGUUCAACGUUUUGUAGAUAUUUUACUAUGUAAUUUUUUACACCUCGCCAAUUCAAGAGAUUAUGAUACAUCGUUUAUAAAAACACUGUUAUUAUUAAAAUUGAAAAUACACUUUCUGACGCUGCCUUCAAAAAACGACGAGGAACAAAUAAAAGUAAAUACAUCUGAUGUCGUGGUCAUUCGUUCGAUACUUAGAAUAAUGAACUCGAUUCAAAAAUUCAUGGUUACAAAUUGUAAUGUUUACAAACCUAAUGAAGAAUAUCGCGACAAUAUUAUUAAAUCUACGAAUAUCUUCGGUUUCUGGAUAACUAAAUCAGCUGAAACAAAUGAUUUAGUUGACAAAAUUCUAGAACAUAUUAACAAACUGGAUUUAGAAAAUAAAAGGUGUUACACACAACAAAUGUUGUUAACAUAUAUAGUGACUGACACCCCGAGUAGUAUUAUUUCACGAGAGAUUUCUAACGCAAAAGUCGAAACAAAAUUUGGAACAAUUAUGAUUUAUCAGAUCGUACAACAAAUUGAAAAACAUGACGGUGACCUUGAAUUAAUAUUAUGGUAUCAGGAGUCAAUUUAUAACGCAAUAGUAAAGCUAAUAUAUAAUAAAGCAAUCGCGGCAUUAAACAUAUGCCCUUAUGCGGUGACAGUCAUUGUUAAUUCGAUACCAAACUUUUUAGAUUUGCCUGACGAUUUCACUGAUUUAUUUGCAAUUGAAUACUAUACAACUGAUGAAAAAAUUAAAUUGAUUGAUGGGAUAACUAAACUUCGUAACUCCAUUACCAAUAUCAUUUUAGAAACCGACGAUUUAACUCAAUUUAUAGAAGUUUCUAAUUUUGUUGAAUUUACGACAUAUAUAAAUUCAAGUAGUGAAGAUUUUUUUUGUUUUUUUUCGUUGUUGAAAUUCUUACGUAAAGAAUUCGCUAAAUACUACAUACCAUUCAUAAGCAAUCCGACAAAAAUCGAAGAAAUUGUCAAGUACAAAAAUGUGCCAAUCAGAGAAAUCGUUCGAUCCGACGUAGACGAUAAGCUAUCGAACAGUAUGUGUCAAUAUGUUAGAGAUUUGUACGGUCUUUGUCUGGAUUUAACCAUAAUUUUGAAUAUGAUUGAAGGUAAAGCAAAAGACGUUAUAGACCAAUAUCUGAGUAGAGCAAAUACUAUUUUGACCACUAUUAGAGAGCGGUCCAUCGAUGUAAUGCAAUGGUGUACGUACAAAGAAUGUGGUGACCUUUUAAAAGUUUCAUACGAUUUGUACGUUGUCUUGAAUCCAAAGCAUCGUGACCAUUUUAAAUUCCACCAAAAACCGAUGAUCACUAUGGUUAUGUCUAUUUUAAAUACAUAUGGUAUUGAUCACUGCAAUCCACCAAAUUUUAAUUUUUUAUUAUUAAUCAAUACAAACUUUGAGGAUAUAGGCAAUGAUGAUAUUUAUAAAAACCGUUUAAAUUCAUUUGUGAAGACUCUUGGAAUCAAUCAAAACAGUCGGAUGAUUUCGAAUUUCGAUCUUUAUUUAAAUAUUGAUGAUUUUUAUCAACAUUACAUUUCAAAAGCAAAUUUUUCUGCUGAAGACAUACAAAUGAUUAGUUUUUUUUGGAAAGGUGAGAAGAAAAACAUUGAUGAAGUCUAUAAGAACAUAAAUGCAAUUAUUAUACAUCCAUCGCAUGUAUACGCAUUUUAUGAUUUAUAUUUCAAAUUUGUUAUUGGUAUUUUAUAUUCAAAGAUGUGGGUUAUUCUUCAUUUUUUAACCAUAAAAAUUAGUCCUAAAAUAAAUAUAUUCAAUUCUGAUGAAUGUUUAAUGUUCCUCAACCUAUGUGAGUUGUACCUUAAUAUUUCAAAUUUCCCCCAACAUUUAUCAGUAUUAGUAAUUAAAGUCAGUAAAUUAUCAUCGUUAUUAUUUAAGCUAUGUUCUCGUCAAGAUAUAAUUUUCAAAGAGUAUGAAGAAAUGUCUAACAAAAAAAAUCAAUCUGAAAUAAAGGAGUUAUCACCACAAGAUAAUGAAUUAAGUAGUGACGAAAACUCAACAAGUUUUUACACACAAAUACUCGAUAUGAAAUCAGAAAUAGAUCGACUUUUCGAAAUGUCUGGAAUGUUUGUGCUUAGUAAAACAAAGACAGUUUCGUUAGAUUUUUUAACUCAAUUUUUUAAACCUAACGCCAAAUUUGUUAAAAAAGUUUUUAAUAACAUGACUCAAGAUUUUUGUUAUUCACUUGUGACUGCUUAUAAUAUAUUAACAGACAUCCUAAUAAAUAUUUAAUUAAUUAUUAUUAUUUUCGUCUUUAAAUAGACAUAAUAUAAAAGAAAAAAUUCCAAAACUAAUUCUUAUAAAAAUAAUUUUUGUCAUUUUUGUAUACAAUUAUUUUUAUUUUUAUAAUCACGGUGUUAAAUACAGAUAUAUCUAAAGAUAUACAUAUUAUAUUAUUUUAAUUGUAAUUAUAUCAUUACAAAUAAUGUACGAGAAUCUAAAAUUACAAAUAAAGUUAAAAAUCAUAUUUUGUAAUUAAUAUUUAUUAUGUGUUUUCCUUAAUUAUUUUUACAGAUGUCAAUGGAUCGUGUUAUUUUGUUUGUAUUUUGUGAUUUUACUAAGAAUAUUAAAUUUUAAAAAUAUUGAUUUGUAUACUUUAUUAAAUUAUUUUUAUAUAAGUAAACUAUAAUAAUUUAAGUUUCAUGAAGUUAGCUGGAGAUUUUUAUAUUCAUGGAUCAUCGUAUGUGGGAUGGAUCACUAAUUUUUAUAUUCGUAUAUUCUGAAAGCACUAUUUGAGUACUAAAACUUGGUGGUAUAGCCGGAAUUAUUACUUUAUACUCCCGCUAACUUCAUGGACCUACUAAUUUAGAGGUUAGAUGAAUUUAUAAGUUAGUAGAAUGAAAAGGUCACGGUUAGGUUGAUACUUUUUUUAUAUUAUAAACAUUCACGUAUCUUGAUACAUCUAUUUUUGACAUAAGUAUAACUAUAUUAUUUGAUUUAUAUUAAGUAUUUUAAAAUAUAUUAUAAAAUAUAACCUUUAAUAGUACACGAUAGUUCUAUAAUUCAUCAUUCAAUAGCAUAUAAAAAAAUGUAAUCUAGAGUAAGUUCAUAUUUUAUGGCUACUAUAUACUAUUCACUGAUGAAACCUUUUUAAGUAUGUAGUUUUUAGAUACUUAGAAAGAUGAUAAAUUUAUUAAAAAAAAAAUUAUACACAUAUGUUUUGUUGAUUAUUUAUUGUUAUCGUAAUACUUGGAUCUCCAACAUAAUAUAUAAAUUAUAUAUUAAGAUAUAUGUAUAUAACAAGUAUUUAGCUACUCAUUUAUGUUGUCUAUUUGCCAGUUAAAAACUAUAAUAUGGAUAAGGAAUGGAUGAUUUGUUACUACAAUUUAUAUAUGAUUCCAGUAAAUAAAUUCACACACGUUCCCGUGUAUGCAUCUUUAUUCACGUAUCACCUCUACUCAUACACAGGCCCGUAGCCAUGAGGUGAGGAGGAGCAAUCGUUGCUCGCUAACAAGUAUUAAAUAUAUAUAUUAUGUAAUGAGCUUUAUUUCAAUGUAAAGUAUUCAAAGCUACAUUUGAAACAAUAACAGCAGUUUAAGUAUUUAGAAGUAGCUCAGCAGUAAGUGAAUCGACAUUUUUCUGCUCAACUCGACUUGAAAAUGUUCAAAGGCAAUUAAUGAAACAUUAUCGGCUUUCCAACUUGGCUUUAUUGGCGUUUGAGUCCAAACAGACUGAAAACUUAAAUUUGAACGUAUUAUUAAUGGAUUUUGACAAGCAAUAAGAUAGAAAAUAUUGAAUUUAAAAAAAUAAAAUUGGUAAAUAGGUGCUUAAAAAUAUUCAACAUUUAAUCUUGUACACCUUAAUGUGAUUUUUAUUUAUAGUAUUAUUUAUUUUUUAUUUUUAAAACAAAAUUCUUAUUGCAGCAAGCACUUAAAAAAUGUUUAAAAUUUAGUUAUAUCGAAUCAUAAUGAGAUUGUUAUUAAUGGAUUUCAUUUAGAAAUUGACUGCAUUAUAAAUAAAUUAAAAAUCGUAUUGAUAUGGUUUUA